AUGCCAGCUCAAGAAUCUGACGAAAAAGUUAAGACAGUCAUUAAAAAGGAAGAUUUAAAAAUUGGACAAAAAGUUAAAUAUCAUCCUAUCGGUAAUAGCGUUCACCUUUCUGAAGGGAUCGUGAAAGAAAUAAUCACUCAACCUGAGAUCGUUGGAGAUUCUCACAGAAGAGUUAAAGCUAGCGAAGAUAAUCCUAGGGUCGUUAUUGAAAAUUUGCACACACAUAAGCGCACGGCAUAUAGAAUUACAAGCGUUGAAGAGAUUUUAGAAGACGCCAAGGAAGAAAAUAGGAAAAAAGAACCCAAAGAAAUGGAAAGAGACGGAGAAAGUGAAGAACCUGAAGAAAAAGAACCUGAAGGCGAGGAAUCUGAUAACGAAUCACAAGAUCCAGAUUAUGAUCCGGCAAAAGGAAAUGUAGAAAUUGUAAAUGAUUUUUAA